AUGGUCGACCCUACCCACGGCCUCUUCAGACUGCCCUCCAAGGAGGAGCGCAGAAUCGCUCGCAAUGGCGCGCCGCUCAACCCUUUCAAGCUCGCCGCCAUGCUCACCCCCCUCCAGGGCGCCAUGUUCUUCUCCGGCUGGCUCGCCUGGACUGUUGAUGCUUGGGACUUCUUCGCCGUCUCUCUUUCCGUCACCGCCCUGGAGAAGCAAUUUCAGAGAGAGCCGCACGCCAUCACAACCGCCAUCACCCUCACUCUGCUAUUCCGCUCCGUCGGCGCCGCCAUCUUUGGCAUCAUCUCCGACCGAUACGGCCGUAAAUACCCGCUCGUCGUCAACCUCCUCAUCAUUGCUGCGCUCUCGCUGGGCUCAGGCUUCAUCCAGACCUACACACAGUUCCUCGCCGUCCGAUCAUUGUUUGGGAUCGGGAUGGGGGGAAUCUGGGGGAUGGCGACAGCCACGGCGCUAGAGAACAUGCCUCCCGAGCCCAGAGGUCUUUUCUCGGGCAUUCUGCAGCAGGGUUAUGCCGUGGGAUACCUUUUGGCGGCAUCGGUCAACCUCACCUGGGUGCACAGGACGGGCAACUGGCGCAUCCUCUUCUUCCUCGGCUCUGGUAUCUCCGCGUUCGCCGCGCUCGUUCGUCUGCUGCUUCCCGAGUCAGAGCUCUUCCUCAGGCAGAAGGCGCAGCGCGAUGCGUCGGGGUCCACGGGCGAGAGUAAGGCAAAGGUGUUCAUGCGCGAGCUCAGGGAGAUGCUCAAGACCCACUGGUUGCGAUGCAUUUAUGGUAUCUUGCUCAUGACCGGCUUCAACUUCCUCUCGCACUCUAGCCAGGAUCUGUACCCGACCAUUCUGCAGCAGUCCAAGCUGCUAACCAGCCAGCAGGCGUCCAAGGCGACCAUCAUUAGCAACUGCGGUGCCAUCUCGGGCGGUUUCGUCGCGGGCUACUUGUCCCAGUACCUCGGUCGAAGGCUCACCAUCAUACUGUUUGUCAUCAUCACCGGCGCGCUUAUCCCAGCAUGGAUUCUGCCAAACAGCUUUGGCGCUCUCUCGGCCGGCGCUUUCUUCCUCCAGUUCGGCGUGCAGGGUGCGUGGGGUGUGGUCCCCAUCUACCUCUCCGAGAUCGCACCGCCUGCGUUCCGUGCCACAUACGCUGGCCUGGCCUAUCAACUUGGCAAUGCAGCUUCCUCGGCUUCGUCCCAGAUCGAAGCUACCGGCGGCGACAACCUCAAGGAGCGCAACCCCAAAUGGUUCCCAGGCGCACCUGCGACGGUCAAGGAGUUCAUUCCGGCAUACGCUCGCGUCUCGGCCAUCCUUCUCGGUACGGUUUGCGCUUACCUGCUCAUCGUCGUUGUCUUCGGCUGGGAGUUCAAGGGUGCCGAGUUCGAAAAGGCCCUUCCGGCUACCAUUCCUGGUGCGGGCGAUCAGGAUGCGGCAGAGCUCGGCGAGAAGCGCAACACCACCGAUGCCUACGACGAGGACAGCAUCGAACACGUCGGCGACCAGCGCUUCCAGCACAUCUCGUCCAACGAGGCCAUCGACGAGAAGAAGGCUUAG